AUGGACACGAUCACAUUAAAUGGUCAUAAAAACGUUGCAGAGCUCUUGAUAUCAAACAAUGCGGACGUGAAUGCAGUGGAUGAGGAUCAAUGGACUGCUAUUCAUUUUGCAGCUCAAAAUGGACACGAUCAGUUGAUCCAACUGUUGAUUGACCAAGGAUCCACUGUUAACACUUGUUCAACUACCGGUUAUACUGCACUUCAUAUCGCAGCAUCAAAUGGUCAUAAGAACGUUGCAGAACUCUUGAUAUCAAACAAUUUAGACGUGAAUGCAGUGGAUGAAAAACAAUGGACUGCUAUUCAUUUUGCAGCUCAAAAUGGACACGAUCAGUUGAUCCAACUGUUGAUUGACAAAGGAUCAACUGUUAACACUUGUUCAACUACCGGUGUAACUCCACUUCAUACCGCAGCAUUAAAUGGUCAUAAAAACGUUGCAGAACUCUUGAUAUCAAACAAUGCUGACGUGAAUGCAGUGGAUGAAAAACAAUGGACUGCUAUUCAUUUUGCAGCUCAAAAUGGACACGAUCAGUUGAUCCAACUGUUGAUUGACAAAGGAUCAACUGUUAACACUUGUUCAACUACCGGUGUAACUCCACUUCAUACCGCAGCAUUAAAUGGUCAUAAAAACGUUGCAGAACUCUUGAUAUCAAACAAUGCGGACGUGAAUGCAGUGGAUGAGGAUCAAUGGACUGCUAUUCAUUUUGCAGCUCAAAAUGGACACGAUCAGUUGAUCCAACUGUUGAUUGACCAAGGAUCCACUGUUAACACUUGUUCAACUACCGGUAGAACUCCACUUCAUACCGCAGUAUUCAAUGGUCAUAAGAACGUUGCAGAACUCUUGAUAUCAAACAAUGCUGACGUGAAUGCAGUGGAUGAAAAACAAUGGACUGCUAUUCAUUUUGCAGCUCAAAAUGGACACGAUCAGUUGAUCCAACUGUUGAUUGACAAAGGAUCAACUGUUAACACUUGUUCAACUACCGGUGUAACUCCACUUCAUACCGCAGCAUUAAAUGGUCAUAAGAACGUUGCAGAACUUUUGAUAUCAAACAAUGCUGACGUGAAUGCAGUGGAUAAAAAUCGAUGGACUACUAUUCAUUUUGCAGCUCAAAAUGGACACGAUCAGUUGAUCCAACUGUUGAUUGACAAAGGAUCCACUGUUAACACUUGUUCAACUACCGGUAGAACUCCACUUCAUACCGCAGCAUCAAAUGGUCAUAAGAGGGUUGCAGAACUCUUGAUAUCAAACAAUGCUGACGUGAAUGCAGUGGAUGAAAAACAAUGGACUGCUAUUCAUUUUGCAGCUCAAAAUGGACACGAUCAGUUGAUCCAACUGUUGAUUGACCAAGGAUCCACUGUUAACACUUGUUCAACUACCGGUAGAACUCCACUUCAUACCGCAGUAUUCAAUGGUCAUAAGAACGUUGCAGAACUCUUGAUAUCAAACAAUGCUGACGUGAAUGCAGUGAAUGAAAAACAAUGGACUGCUAUUCAUUUUGCAGCUCAAAAUGAACACGAUCAGUUGAUCCAACUGUUGAUUGACCAAGGAUCCACUGUUAACACUUGUUCUACUACCGGUGUAACUCCACUUCAUAUCGCAGCAUCAAAUGGUCAUAAGAACGUUGCAGAACUCUUGAUAUCAAACAAUGCUGACGUGAAUGCAGUGGAUGAGGAUCAAUGGACUGCUAUUCAUUUUGCAGCUCAAAAUGGACACUAUCAGUUGAUCCAACUGUUGAUUGACAAAGGAUCCACUGUUAACACUUGUUCAACUACCGGUAGAACUGCACUUCAUAGCGCAGCACGGAAUGGUCAUAAGAACGUUGCAGAACUCUUGAUAUCAAACAAUGCUGACGUGAAUGCAGUGAAUGAAAAACAAUGGACUGCUAUUCAUUUUGCAGCUCAAAAUGGACACGAUCAGUUGAUCCAACUGUUGAUUGACCAAGGAUCCACUGUUAACACUUGUUCAACUACCGGUUAUACUCCACUUCAUAUCGCAGCAUCAAAUGGUCAUAAGAACGUUGCAGAACUCUUGAUAUCAAACAAUGCUGACGUGAAUGCAGUGGAUAAAUAUCAACAGACUCCUUUGAAGUUAGCUGCUCAAAAUGGACACGAUCAGUUAAUCCAACUGUUUAUUGACAAGGGAGCCACACAUUCCGGAUCGAACGUUCGACUUUUUUCACUUUAUGACAAGGACAGGGCACUGUAAACAUACAUACUGGCUAAUUAAAAAGACCGCAAAACACAUAUAUAGGUUAAGUUAUUGCUCCUUAUUUGCUGUAUAUUGUCCUUUAAAAAUAAAAUACUAUAUCACUCGGAAGGCUAUGCAGGAUGGAAAUAAAAGCUAUCACCAAUGCACGCCUCGGUAACAUAAUAAAUCGUGGAUAAUGGUAACCCUAUUCGUUUUCAAUCGCGAUCAAUUGUAACAACCAAAAACAAAUAAUCACACUUUUGUGCUGCAAAUGCCCCUUCCUAAAAAAAAAUACAACCCAAAGAGAGAGUCAUUAUCCUUUGUAAAUACAAAUGCUCCAUUAAUUACUCAGAGCUAGCAGCCACAUUUUCUACCAUUUUAAAAGCGUAAAUGCUCCAAUAUUUCUUAGAAAGGCUCAAUCAAUUCAGCUAAGUACACUAUUUGUAUGUGGCUGUUUUUACGGGAAAUGCUCCCUAAAUCCAGAACAAAUGCUCAUUUACUAUUUUUCAACACGAUGGGCUGGUCAUCCAUAAUUAAGGGCGAUGAAUGGAAUCCAUCAAUUCAAUCAUAUCAUAUCGUAUCAUAAUCAUCAAUCGCAUCAGACUUUUAUCUUUCAAUAAUUUCACAUAACAGUAAUUCAAAAUCUUUCCCAUUCAUCUUCGAGGUGCAUGCUUAAGGUAUAUUUAUGAGCAAUAAUUCUACAGAAAAGUGUGUGGGUUUCGUAGCACCUAUUGAAUUGUUCUUCUUGCUUGCUACUAUUUUUCCUGAUUUGAUCGCUUAUUUGAUUUAAUUUGAUGAGUUCAAAAUAUACUAAUCUAUUUUUAGUUAAGUUAAAAUAGGCUGACAUAAUAAAAUUUGUGUUUCCAAUUGAAAUAAAAAAAAUAUAUAUAUGUACAGUUAAAAUUGUGUAAAUGGCUAAAGAGAACAUGCUUUCAUACAUAUGCGGUGAGACUAUUGUGAAGAUUUUUUGUUUGUUUAAAAACUUUUAAGAAGGGUGUAAUUUUAUAAUAAAAAAAUGUUUUUAACUGAUCAACGAAAAAAUGUUUUGUAUUGGUUGUUUCAGCAACAUGUGUGCCAAUUCUGGCGCUUUUAUUUUAACAAUAUAAAGAAAGAAAAAACAUUAACAACUCUUGAUUGUAUUUUUGAUGUAACUUAUUAGCACGCCGAAGUUGAGCUGAAUUGACGCACCAGCCAACUUGCUGUUAUGGUGUGUGGUCUGUGGAACUUCCACAUGCCAUUACUUGAAUACACCUUAAUAGGAACGUAUAACCAUAGCUGGUACGAUUGCAAUACCUAAGUAAGGAAGGAAAAUAUGGAGUGAAAAUUGGAAACCUGAAAUGUAAAUUUAGUCAUUAGAACAAAUGUUCUUCUCACAAGAUACUCCUCCCUUUACUGCGCGUCGAGCCAAUCUCUUUCACUAGUCAUUCUUCUUCAUGAAAAUGAAGAGACACGUCACAUGUCGUAACUUUUAUCAUCUCAUUUAGUGAUGAAGAGUCACACGAUUUUCUGAAAAGGAGGAAUGUCAAAUAUUUAAGAUUUUCUUGUUAAAUGCUUGCAUGAUUUUCUUAACGAAAUUUACAGCAAACGUUAAAAAAAAACAAGUCCGGGAGCAGAUCUCUUAAUUCACGUAACAUCUUAAAAAUUACCGUACCCUGCGCUGUUGAACUCGUUCAAUCUCUAACCAGUGCUUUUGAGACGAGUUUUGGGCUUGUGUUUGCCUCCGGGCGAAGGUGGUAGACUCUUUGCUUCACAGUAGCGACCAAUAUAUGGUGGCACAAGUUUGCUUUGAAGAAUUCAAUGCAUGUGCAGUUCCAUUUUAGGUUGCUUUCAUCCGUGAUUUGAAUGCGGAAAACUGUUCCGAUUUCUUUCGCGAACUGCUCAAUGGACAUGAAUUUGGGAUUGCAGAAUCUAGCAAUAUCUUGUACGGUCAGAUCCGUGCGUCCUCUGCCCGGCAAAAAUCUCGCCGGAUCGCCAUAUGCCUCUAUUGUAUCACAAAUCUUCUCCUUGAAGGUACCGAGUGGCUCCUUCUUUCGGUGAAGAUAGUUGUGUUUUAUCGACUUGUUGUUCGUCGACGGUACAUCUGGAGAAUGCGUGCCUCGUGCCAUCCGGAAAAGCUAGAAUUACCAACGUUCUUACGGAAGAACACUAGCAAUUCCUUAUUGUUGCUGUACUUUUCGAAAAAUAGCUCGACAGCUUUCACAUAAUGCUUCUGAGUAGGAGCAACCUGUAUUUGCAGAUGUUCCGAAGUUUUUUUUUAUCCUUAUGGGAUCAGGAUGCCUUUCGGUAACAUCAGCUGGUAUCAAUGGUGGAGAUGUGGUUGUCCUUAACUCCUGACUUGGAUUCGCGUAUCGUUCCCAUGCACCACUAGCAGGCCAAGUUUUCCUGAGUUACCUCCGCCUGACGCAACGCUUAUUACAGACUUGGUGUGGUCAGUAACACCAGAGACAUUCGGAUCAGCUGUAGAAUCGUCAUCAUCGUCAUUGUCGUCAUCUGGUGUCGAUUGCUGUAUGAUAGAAUAACACAAAACAGAUUAGUCAUAUGUCAUGUCUGCCAUGCACACUGCAAUCUGGUUGGUAAACCGCUGCUACAGUUUUACCAUCCGACAGCUGUACGGAUCAGUCUUCCUAAUCUCAAUUUACCUGCGUACUAGCUUUUAAAAUGCGAAAUGCACAGGUAGACAGAGGUUGGGGAGACGCCACUGAAUGAUUAUUAAAAAAAAAUGAAAUGCUACUCACAUACAACGGCGUGCAACUUGACUCCUAUCUGCACCGUUUAGGUUCAGCUAUUCGUGGUUCUGCUCCGAAUCGUCAACUAUCUCGCCUCCCGGAUUGCCACGGGUUCUAGGCCGGCGAACAACGAUACUACCACUGCCAGGGCGGGGCAGGUUCUACUGCUCAUGAUUCUGCUCUGAUGUGUUGACUGUGUUGACCAUCUUGUCUCCCGUAUUGGCAGUCGUACUUUGCCGCAGUACGACAGUAUGUUCGGAACAGUUCCUCACCAGUCCUUCCGGAUGUGCAGGUGCCCGGGUUAGCGAUGAUCUACACAGCUGUGAGAAAAGGCAUUAAGUUCAGGAAAAAUAAUGAAAACAAAAAACAAACAGUAAACGAAAAAAAAAACCUUUCUUUUUCUUGAGAAGAAAUCGUUGCACGGCUUCCCUACUUCUUUGUUUUUGCUCCUCUGUUGCUGGUAUUAGAACAGACUCGAAAAAAAAUUGAUCACUUUUGAAGACGCGCAACGAUACGUGAAAUGCCGCUGCCAAAAGGAAAAUGGUAGGAGCAAGAGCAAGUGACGCAAACAACAAUGGUGAAUUUUGCAUUGGGCGAUACUGCAUCGAUAUCGACGAUAUCGAUAAUUCAAACGAUCUUCGCUAUAACACGCUUGUAACUCCUAAACUUGUCUAAAAAUAUUCGAUUACAUAUCAUUAUUGUGGGAAAAAAUAAUACAAGACAACAGAGGAAUUUCCAUCACACUCCACUAUUCCAAAAUAAAAAAAUAUUAUUAUAUCAUUAAAAAAAAUGAUUAAAAUUUAAUCAAAAAUGAUCAAAAAAAAA